AGUAUCAGUCCUGGAGUGGCCACAGAGUCGAGAGGCAGGCAAAACUUCUAGUUCCAAGUAGGCUGACAGCUUCCCAUUGUCAACCAUGAAAUAAAAACAUUUCAGUCCAUGUCCUGUAGUUGUCGGAACAACAUCUUACACCAAAUUUUCCAGCGGGUUUCUGCCUCCAUAUCGUAAUCAUGUGCGGUGGCUGGGCUUGUGCCUCUUACGAUCUGGCCUGCAAUAAUCCACCUCUAUCCACCCUGCGUUUCACUGGCCGAGACUUCAUACCCACACCGUGCGGUCCUUGCGAUAAGUGUUAUGUCCUUGAUACCAGCCGCAAGAAGAACACCAACAACUGUUAUGUGCCGCACAUCCUAUCCCCGCUGGAAGCCCAGCUCUGCACAUUGGACAGCAGUCAGAAUAAGGAAAAUAGUUAAACAUUGGGAUAGACAUGCACUUUCAAAAUCUUAGUGAUGGGACUAACUAAAUAUAAAUGCUGCUUUUGUAAAAAAAAAGUAA